AUGUCUGUGGUUGAACUUUAUACUAAGUCAACCAAGGUAUGGAUUCCUGAUGCUGAGGAGGUGUGGAAGUCGGCUGAACUAACAAAAGAUUUCAAGGAAGAGGAUCACAUCCUUUACCUCAAACUGGAAGAUGGAACUAAUAUUGAGUAUUACAUUAAUGAAAAGACUGAAGAAUUCCUGUAUUUGCGGAACCCUGACAUUUUAAUGGGUGAAAAUGACUUGACUGCACUCAGUUACCUGCAUGAGCCUGCAGUGCUUCACAACUUGAAAGUGAGAUUCUUAGAGUCCAACAAUAUCUAUACAUAUUGUGGUAUUGUUCUAGUCGCCAUCAACCCAUAUGAGCAGCUCCCUCUUUAUGGUGAUGACGUAAUUUACGCUUAUAGUGGACAGAAUGUGGGUGACAUGGAUCCCCAUAUCUUUGCUGUUGCUGAGGAAGCGUACAAGCAGAUGGCGAGGAAUGAAAAGAACCAAUCCAUUAUUAUAAGUGGAGAAUCUGGGGCAGGGAAAACCAUGUCAGCCAAGUACAUUAUGCACUAUUUUGCAACUGUUGGAGGAUCUGCCAGUGAAACGAAUGUGGAACAAAUGGUUCUGGCAUCCAACCCUAUCAUGGAGGCAAUUGGAAAUGCAAAAACUACAAGAAAUGACAACAGUAGUCGAUUUGGCAAAUACAUAGAGCUCAGUUUCAAUCACAGGUAUCAGAUAACAGGGGCCAAUAUGAGAACAUACCUGUUGGAGAAAUCGAGAGUGGUGUUCCAGGCUGUUGAGGGAAGGAAUUAUCAUGUAUUCUAUCAGCUCUGUGCCUCAGCUAAUCUGGAUGAAUUUUCUGAACUGGACCUUGGUAGUGCUGAGAAUUACCACUAUGUUAAUCAAGGUGAUGUUUAUGUUGAUGAUAAAGAUGAUGCUGCAGAUCUUGAAAGAACGCGAGACGCCUUCUCAAUGUUGGGUAUCUGUGAAUCUUAUCAAGUGGAUAUAUUUCAAAUUAUAGCUUCUGUUCUUCACCUGGGAAAUAUCGACUUUCAAUCAAAUGAUCAUGAUGGUGAAAAUAGCUUUGUUAAUGCAAAUGAUAAACAUCUCUAUCUAUUCUGCAAACUACUUGGACUGGAGAGAAAGCAGUUGGCAUAUUGGCUUUGUCACCGCAAGCUAGUUACAUUAAAUGAAACCUAUAUCAAAUCAAUGACAGUAAAACAGGCCACUGGUUACAGGGAUGCACUUGCAAAACACAUUUAUGGGCAGCUAUUCAACUGGAUUGUGAAUCAAAUCAAUAAAGCCUUAAGAUCCUCCUCAAAACAGCAUGCCUUCAUUGGUGUGUUAGAUAUUUAUGGGUUUGAAACUUUUGAAAAUAACAGUUUUGAGCAGUUUUGCAUUAAUUAUGCAAAUGAAAAGUUACAGCAACAAUUUAACUUGCAUGUGUUCAAGCUAGAGCAGGAAGAGUACUUGACUGAAGGAUUACCAUGGACACUUGUUGAUUACUACGACAAUCAACCUUGUAUUGAUCUUAUUGAAGCGAAGCUUGGAAUCUUGGAUCUUCUAGAUGAAGAAUGCAGGAUGCUUAAUGGAACGGAUGAGAAGUGGGCUCAAAAGCUGUAUGACCGACACUAUACAAGUCAUCACUUUCAGAAACCUAGGAUGUCAAAUUCUGCUUUCAUUAUUCUUCAUUUUGCUGCUGAUGUGCUGUAUCAGUGUGAAGGAUUUUUAGAGAAAAAUAGAGACACAGUUUAUGAAGAACCAAUUAACAUUCUGAAAGCUAGCAAGUCUGGGUUGGUUGCUGAGCUUUUCCACGAUAAGAGUACUGCUGCAGGAAGAGGUCAGUUCACCAAUGUAACGUUGAAGUCUUCAAGAAAAAUGUUACCAGCAACAAGUGAGCGCAAGAAAACCGUGGGAUAUCAGUUUAGAGCUUCUCUCCAUCUACUAAUGGAAACUUUGAAUUCAACAACCCCUCACUAUGUCCGCUGCCUGAAGCCAAAUGAUAUGAAGCAGCCAUUCUCGUUUAAUCCAAACAGAGUGGUGCAACAAUUAAGAGCCUGUGGUGUGCUUGAAACAAUCCGCCUCAAUGCUGCUGGAUAUCCAUCUAGGUGGACCUAUAUAGAUUUUUUAAGCCGCUACAGAGUCUUGAUGAGAAAAUAUGACAUUCAUGCAAACAAGAAACAGACCUGUAAAAAUGCGUUGGAAAAUCUAAUAAAGGAUGAAAACAAAUAUCAAUUUGGAAAGACCAAGAUCUUCUUUUCUGCAGGGCAGGUAGCCUAUCUUGAAAAGCUCCGUGCAAACCAACUCCGAGCUGCCGGCAUUAUGGUACAGAAGAUGAUGAGAGGUUGGCUGCAAAGAAAAAGAUAUCGACAGAUAUGCGAAGCCAUUAUUGUCAUCCAGAAAUAUACUCGGAGACUCCUAGCAAAACACCUAGUUGAUCAUCUAAGACUGCUGAAGGCUGCCAUAAUUAUACAGAAACAAUACAGAAUGUUGACUGUGAGGAGGCUUUACGUUCUCACCCGUACAGCAGCAAUUACAAUUCAGGCUUACGCAAAAGGAAUGAUUACAAGGCGAAUGUAUCAUAAGAUGGUCCAGGAGCAAAAGGCUACUGUCCUACAGAAAUAUGUGCGAGGGUGGUUAACCUUUUUGAGAUAUCAAAGAAUUCGGCAUGCAAUUAUCCACUUGCAGUGCUGUUACCGGCGGAUGAUGGCCUGUCGCCAACUUAAGAAGUUGAAGAUUGAAGCCCGCUCUGUUGAGCACUACAAAAAACUGAACAAAGGAAUGGAAAACAAGAUCUUGCAGCUGCAGUGCAAAGUGAACGAUCAGAGUAAGAAGAAUAAAAUGCUGGUGGAGCAAAUGACAGCACUUCUCGCCUCUCAUAGAAAUGAGGUGGAGAAACUUAAGAAUGAAACAGAGCGUCUCCAGUGUAGAGCGGAAGAAACUAAAAUCUUGAAUUUGCAGCAGCAUAUCACAAAACUCCAAGAGGAACUGGAAGGAGCACACACGGACAGAAGAGAUGUUGAAUUUAGAGCUUCUGAAGAGCUAACUGUAUUGAAACAACGUUUUGCUGCUCUUGAAAAGGAGAAAAUUGCGUUAAGUGAUGAAAAAGAAGCAUUUAAUAGAUAUAUUCAGGAGCAAUCAAAGAUUAUUGAAGAUCAAAUUGCCCUGAAGGUGGCAUCGAAGAGUCAUCAGUUACAUACUGAAUUUGAGGAAGAGCGAUUGCAUUAUCAGAACCUUGUGAAAGAAUUCUCCUGCCUAGAACAAAGAUAUGAAAAUCUGAAAGAUGAAAUGACUUUCAUUAAGGAAAGUGAAAUGAGAGGUGCUGAUAUUGCAGAGACAUGUAGCAUUACUAAGUAUCAAGAGCUUGAACAUGAGAACCAGAAGCUAAAGAAUGAGCUCGAUCAGCUAAGGAAAGACUUGGCUGAGAAUUCUGCUGCAAAGGAUAUUGAGAAAUGCACAGAUGCUGGUUACAAUCUGCUGAACCAGCUCAAAGCAUCCACUGAGGAGACUGAAAUGCUUAAAGAAGAACAGAUUUGGCUAAAAUCUCAGCUCCUUAUGGCAAAAAAGGAAAUUGACGCUAUGAAAAACAAGGCUACUAUGGCAGAUCUAUUUGGAUUACCUAAAGAUGGAUACAAAAUGUCUGAGGAAGAUCUCCGAUGUGCUUAUGAUGCUGUCCGUGUGGCCAAUAAACUUCUCGUGGACCAGUUGGAUGAACAGAAGGCCUGGCAUAUAAAAGAAAUAGAGACCCUUCAAACUGAAGCCAGAAACUUUAAAGAGAAGCUGAAUAAGCAGCAGAAAUACUUUGCUCAGGUACUACAGCUGCGAUCAGAGAGACAAACUGAAGUUGGGUUACAGCAGGAAAUUACACAACUUAGCAACGAAAACCUGGAUCUAAUGGAGCAAAUUGAGAAGCAGGAUAAGACUAUAAAGAAAUUGGGGAAGCAAUUAAAAUCCAUGAAGGAGUCAAGAAUAUCAACAUACGUAACUGACCCCAAGGUGGCUGAACUACCUAACAUACCUUCCAUCCCAUGGAGGCCAAAGGAUUUCCAGGGAAUGUUAGAAUGCAGAAAAGGAGAUGAAGCUCACUUGAUCAGGAACCUUAUCACUGAUCUCAAACCACAAUCCGAUGCAUUAAGUGCACUACCAACACUUCCAGCUUUCAUUUUUUUCAUGUGCAUCAGGCAUGCAGAUUAUACAAAUGAUGAGCAGAGAGCCCAUUCCAUGUUUACAGCUAUGCUUAAUGGUAUUAAAAAUGUCCUAAAGAGAAGCUCUGACUUUGAGAUGGUAGCAUUCUGGCUAUCCAACACUUAUCGUCUGUUGGUCUGCUUAAGGCAGUAUAGUGGGGAUGAGAGCUCUAUAGAAAUGAACACACCUGACCAAAGAAAACACGCCUUGAGGAAUUUUGAUCUUUCCCAGCAUUGCCUGAUUUUGUCUGACUUCGCCAUUCAACUUUACCACCAAUUAAUCAAAGUUGCAGAAGGAAAACUUCAGGAAAUGAUUGUAUCUGGAAUGCUAGAAAAUGAUACCAUUCAGAGCAUUUCAAGUAUGACUGCAAAACCAGCAAGUUAUAGAAAGAAAACAAGAAGCCUUGCUGGAGAUAACACUGCAUACACACUGGAUUCCAUCAUUCACCAAUUGAACUUGUUCCACAACAUCGUCUCCAAACAUGGUUUGCAUCCAGAAAUUAUUAAACAAGUUUAUCGGCAGAUUUACUACAUAAUUGCAGCAGUCACACUGAACAAUUUGCUUCUAAGAAGGGAUGUGUGCUCCUUUAGUAAUGGAGUCCAAAUCAGAAACAAUGUCAGCCAGCUAACUGAAUGGCUAAGAGGCAAGAACCUGCAUCAGAGUGGUGCACUUGAGACAUUGGAGCCACUGAUACAAGCUACACAGCUCUUGCAAUUGAAUAAGAUGACUGAUGCAGAUGCUGAGGCAAUCUGCUCAAUGUGCACAGCACUCUCAAAGACACAGAUUGUGAAGAUACUGACCCUGUACACGCCCAUUAAUGAAUUUGAAGAACGUGUGAAUGUAGCUUUUAUAAAAAAUAUUCAGAAUCGAUUGGCAGGUAGAAGUCCAAGUCGUCAACUGCUAAUGGAGUUAAAACAUGUAUUUGCUGUAAACUUUCCCAUCAUUCCUUCUCCAGUGAACCUGGACAAGAUCAAAAUCCCUGAAAUCUUGGAGCUGGACUUUCUAAAUAGAUUCUGA